UGUAACUUAAUGCAGUCGGAUCCUUACAAUUGGCCUUUUCCAAAUCGAAAUGAUUUAAUGAAUUUAUCUACUAUAAGUAUGAAUAAUUCACUAAAUGAGAAAAUUAAAAGAGAGAGUUUGUUUACGAUAAUCGAGCUUAAUCUACUAUGUCAAUAGAAGGAAUAGAUGGGGCAGCUCCUUUAUUGAAACCAUAUUAAUAUGUCAAUAAAGAAUAAUAUUGCAAUCGAAAUGAUGAUAUACCAGGAACAAAAUCUCGACCUUAAAUGAGGUAUACUAACAGAUCAGAUAACCAAUUAAUGAUUGAUGAUAUCAAAGGAACACGCCCAUAAAUCUGUAAGUUUUAGACAAAUCGAUAACCAAUCAAUCCACUUGAACCAAUUUAUAAAAUUGCCUCUUAUGAAUAGGCAGAACCCUAUAAUAAUAAAUUUAUCAGAGAUAGCUAUAAUAUUACUGAUAUUGAAGGAACUCAACCAUCAAUAAUUAAUCCAAAAUUAAAAAAAUAACCUAUCCCUUUAGCUGAUAUUGAAGGCUCACAUUCAAAAUAAUUACAUGUUUAAAAAGGUAAAUAUUUAUAAUAAAUAUGUUUGUAGAUGGGAUCAAUUCUCUAGAAGUAAAAGAUAUCAAUAAUGAUAUGCUGCAUAAAUACAUAAGAAAUACAAAUCCAAUAGAGCCAGUCUAUUCUCAUAGAGAUGAAGAUGGGUAUUAAGAAUUCUUAAUUUAGUAAGAAAAUUGAAAUCGGUUUUGUUGAAGGCAGUAAAACUAAAUAAUUGCAUCCAAUAGCAAUUAAUAAAUUUGCAUCAUCUACUUUAACUACCUAAGAUAUAGUAGGUGCAUAAGCAGGAUCUCAUUCUCAACACUUUUUGAGAGCCAAUGAUAGAAAAGAUUAUAGAAAAAUUAAUAAUAUUUAAGACAUCGAAGGAGUCCAAACAGGAUCACUUAAAAAAGGAAUUAUAAGUAAAAGAUAUACAAAUCCCUUAAUGCCUGCCUAUUAAAUGCCUGGUAAUGCUGAAUUAUAGUAAUAUUAUCUCUAAAUUCAGCUCCUCUUAACCAAAAACUGUUUUCUAAAAGAAUGCCAGCAAUUAAAUAUUUACCAAUGCUUAAAAAAUGGAUCAGUUUUUAGCAUAAGGAUGA